AUGGAUCAAACACAGCCAGGAGACCUGAACUGGCGCCUCAGCGCUCACCCGAUCACGCUACUUGUCUUCUUGGCAAUUCGCAUCGGUGCUUUGCUUAUGUACCUUUUCGGUGUCCUCUUCAUUGAUAACUUCAUCCUGGUGUUCAUCUUGACCCUCCUCCUCCUAUCUGCCGAUUUCUAUUAUCUCAAAAACAUUGCCGGCCGUCGACUUGUGGGCUUGCGGUGGUGGAAUGAAGUCAACACAGCCUCCGGCGACUCGCACUGGGUCUUCGAAUCCUCCGAUCCCAACGUCCGGACGAUCAGCGCCACCGACAAGCGAUUUUUCUGGUUGAGCUUGUAUCUGACACCGGCGUUGUGGGUGGGAUUGGCGGUUUUGGCUAUUGUGCGACUGGUUGGCGUCAUCUGGCUGAGCCUUGUUGCCAUUGCUCUCAUUUUGACCAUCACAAACACGGUGGCCUUUUCCCGGUGUGACAAAUUCAGUCAGGCAUCGACGUUUGCGAACCGGGCGCUUGGUGGUGGAAUUGUGAACAAUCUUGCAGGUGGCCUGCUGGGCAGGUUCUUCCGGUGA